UUUGCUAUGUACUACAACUUGAAUGUCUGAAGUUACGGCCACUGAACACGUGCAUUUAUCCCAUACAGACCUAUAUGCAAUAGCAGCAACGCGAGGUAUGCUUAAGAAGGGAAUAAUGCAAGCAAAAAAAAAGACAUCGUUUUCACUGAGGUUGGCCGAAACUUCGACCUUGUCGUUCAGUUGUAUUUGACGUCUUACGAGUCGUGUUUACGUGACGUGAAGCUGUUGUUCCUGUUACUCCCAUAACAAAUGGAGCUAUGGCUGCAGCAGUAGAAGUAGCAAAAAUGCCGUAAGUAAAUUUCAGCUCUUCCGAUAGCAGUUCCUGUUGGGAGGAGCGCUAUUAGCUUGCUGACGAGAACCACAACAUAUACAGUGGCCCAUCAUUUGCAAUGGUAAUAACACUUUUAAGCGGACGGAACGAUGUCGAUAUUUACUUUCCGUCAACUGCGCUUUGCUAACGUCGCGGGUCGCUCCCGAUGCCUCUGUCGCUGCAUUUUUAGCACCGCAAUAGAGCCAUUCCGUAGGAGAAAUGAGUCGAGAGAUAAAACUUGAGGCGCUCCGCCAUCGUUGCUUUUGUUGCUACUGUUGAUUUCCUUUAAGUUUGGUUAACCGCCUACGUGCGUUCCAACGGCGAGCGUUAAAUCUCGAACGGCAAACUCACGAUAACGUUGCCAAGACUCAUUACUAUUGUUAGCUAUUGUCGUACGCUUAUUCGCUCAUCAGUACAUCUGCCUACGAGGCUAAACGAUAUUCGUUCAAUGGGGAAAAAGCUAAAUAUCUAAUGGAGUCGCUAUUAUGAUUAGCACGUCGCGCCGUUGCGACUGCAAAGUUUUCUUUACCUCAAUAGAUGCGAUCACGAGCAGCAUCAGCUUGAGUAACAUCAAGAUGGGAAAAUUUUGUGUGAGCGGGUGCAUGCGAACAGAUGUCGGGAGAUCAAUCACGACAUCAGUCGCUGCUUCAUAUAUCGUAAACAUCUGCGUGUUUAAAUUUGACUUUUCAUCAGCAUUAAGCGACACAUUGAAUGGAUGAACGGACGGCGCGCAGCAGAAAGGUCCGGACUUGAACUCCGAGCCCGACAUGGUGGUGUGUCUGGUCAAACGGCAGCGGAGAAGGUAACUGACGUUGAGUGAAACUUCGGUCGGCGACCACCACAGUGGCAGUUAAGUUUGGGCUUCGUUAACAUUCGGCGUCCAUCGUUAGCAGCUGCCGCUAAUCGCUUCCGUGGAAUCGUCGUGCUGUUCUGUGCGUUUACGACGCGAUGUGCAUUUGUUUUGCGGGAGGAAGAGCAGCAACGGGACUUCGGGAGCGAUCGAGGCAUCAUUGUGACGGACGACCUGCGUAGCAGUGAAAGAAGAAUAUUUGGCAGUUCGUUGUUGGCUGAUAGCCAGUGCGCGUAAAGAUAGUCAAUAGAAGUGGUAAAGGCAGAAAGUCAGGCCUGGUGAGGCUGCUUCGGAGCGCCGCACGGUAGCCCCGGCGCUCGGGGUUUCCGGGCGAGCGGAUGAUGCUGACGAUGAGCGACGAGCAACUAUAAAGCCGAGCAACUUUUCAGCCCUGGGCAUAAUAAAUACUUCUGCCCCGGAGUCGCAUCCGCGGUGCGACGCCGACAAGUAUCGUCUGAAUAGUGUUUUUGUCUUAUUGUUGCCAUAAUCAUCAUUAAUUCGCGAUAUUAUCACUAAAUUGAAAAGCAAGAGGAGAAAAGACAAGAUGUCAAUCAUGUACAUGCUCUAAUAUUAGAAGAAUAGUGGUGACGAUAAUCUAUAACUAGUCUGUGAGCUCUACAGAUUUCUAAUGAGAUGAGUAAGUGAAAAACGUUUACGAUCUUGGUUGAUCUGGAAUUUCAUUACCAGCUCCUCAGUGAGCACUUGCUAUUUGUCUGAUCAUACUGUGCGGAAGCCGUGUGUUCGUGUCCAACCAUCCAGUAAAGAAAUCCGUGUUACUCAAAUACUUCCUGAUCAUCCGCUGUAAGAAUGAGCCUUCUUAUCAAGAACGGUGUAUGUUUCCUUAGUUUAAUGCUGCUGGUCGGCGUCGACGGUUUGGCUGGUUCUCUUGCCGCGCUCGGCUCCAUUGGAGGGCCGAUGGGACAGGUUGGCGUUGCGCUCCAACAGCUGCACCAUCUUCAACAGCUGCAACGCUUUUCGAAAGCGGUCAACGUAUCGGACUUGGCAGCUGCCGGCGGACGCGUGGCACGUGAGUUAUCAAAAUCGCUGAACACAGACGUGGUGGCUGUCGGAAAGGCAUUGGCAGGUGCUGGAGCUGCACUUGGCUCAUUCGUGUUCCUUGGCGGCAUGGGCGCUUUGCUCGCAACCGGCCUCGGGGCGUUCAAAUACGCUCCAGGCAUCUAUGAUCAGGCCGGCAUCGUGAAGACAGACAAAGGGGUGUUCUACAACGCGGCGCGAACAGCGAAAAGUUUCCAGGAUGUAAAGCGUCCAUCAAAUCCUGAGUUGGUACCGGCGCUCAAUGAUUUACUGACUAAAGUUUACGAAGCAGUCGAAAAUGGUGUGCCACAACUUCUUGAACGACUGCGCUAAAAUUGUCAUGAUCGUCUCAAUCGUAUGAUGCGCUUGUACGUUAGUUGCCCCAGAACACAAACAGUUGUAGAACUCUUUCAGGUACAAUAGGUUUGCGACUUAUGAGAUCAUAUGAGAUAGAAACUUUCGUUUUCAUUCAUCGCAUAUUAGGAAUCACGUGUGAGAUGUGCGCUCAAAACCAUGCGUGGACACGAUUGCUGCUUAGGGAACAAUCAUACGAUGUGAUGUAUGCGGAAACUUUUACUUUAGUCCCAUCUAUAAGAAACAAAGCAUCAACAUCAGAAUUGUUACCCGAAAGAAGAAGCCAGUUUUUUUUUUAGCUAAUGAGCUCCUUCUUAUUAUUAUUAUAAUAAAUGAAAAAAACACUUUGAACAAAACACAUUUUUGUUCAUCGAGGUCCCUAAUUACAACUAUGUACACAAUUCUAAUCAGAAAAAUACCAGAUUGCUUUCAUCUAAUGAUCUUGGAUGUAUUCGUCAAGAUAUAAAGCACAUUCCAUCCGUGCCACUGGAGCUCAGAGGAGUCCGAAACGUUUAGAAACAAACAGCCAGGGCACAUGCAGGCGGUGUGCUCUAUCGAAAAAGAAGUAAACCUCAAAAAUUCUUAUUUAAAUAAUGUCCGAUUAAAAAUUAUAUUUUUCCUAUAAUGAAAAUGUGAUCCUCAUUACCGUUUAGUUAGUUUGACACAUAUUGAAUUUUUAGGUAUCUCAGUUAGUCUGUGUCGCGAUGGAAAGACGAGUCUUUAGAAUUCGUGUUAUUUGAAAAAUCGAAUGAAGAUGUAUACGCAUAUAAAUGCAUGCGCAAGAAUAUGAUUCUAUCCUAUAAGAAGAUAUCGUUAAAUACCUAAUUUGCUCAGAGGACACUGCUGAUCGCUCGUGCGUGAACAAUAGGCAUAAAAUUAAAUUUUUUAGCAAAGUGUAUCAAUGUAUAUGAGAGAAACUAAUUAGAACUUCGUCGAUUUACUCGCGUCCCCGACAAGGAUUAUAAUUGUAUCGUUUUGUUGAUUCCAUUAUUGUUAUAUGUCUUACAGAUUUGAACUAAUCCGUAGUAGCAAAAAAACAAGCUUUGAAACUAAGCUUUACAGAUAUUAUUCAGAACAUACAUGGGACAGACAACGGAGCAAAGGUACCCUUUGGUAACCUGCACUCUUUUAUUGGCUAUCGUUUGUACUCGAGCUAGCUAUUAAAAAAAGCUCUGCCAUUAAAAAUAAUAAUUCACUAAAAACUCUAUUUUUUUUAGCCUAGGAAUAUUGGUGCGUCAAACUAUAGAUUAGCAACCUGAUUUUAAUCGCAAAAAAGUUUCGGCAUUUUCAAAUUCUAGAAUUAUACGCUCAGUCAUCUCGAUUGACUGAACUAUUAAGCCGUAACUGUAUCCAUCUACAGAAAUGAUCAUACGAUACCAUAGAUGGCGUUAGAGUGCAAGCUUAGAGCGCCAUACUAUCCAUAUAUGUUAUGCAACUUCUAAGAAGCAUGCUUCACAAGUUCUUACCCGCUGUAGUAGCCGCUAGAACAGCUUCGAAAUUGUCUUUGUUACGAUGGCAUGUGCUGCUCAUAGCCAGCUAAGAUUGUUCGCAGAUCCAUUGACAGGCCGAACGGUCGAGUUGCUUCCCAUCAAUAAAAGCCUUUCCGCGACAGCUAAUCGUAUUGGUUAAAUGAUAGGAUCCUAUGAUGGAACGCUAUCAGAAACUCUCUUGCUUCUCUUGAGGCGCUCUUGCCGAUAGACUCUCUAAGUGGUCAAGAGCUUGGUCUGCCGUUCCAUUUGGGCUGAGAGCAUGACGCAUAAAAAGAAGAGGAUCUAUAUUCCAGAAAACAGACAUUUAGCUGUAACGAUGCGUUUAGGAUUGCAAGUAAUCUGAGUUGCAAGAGAUAUUUUCCCAAACAAGCUCCGCGUAUAGGGUUCCCGUUCGAAGUUAGAAAAAGGUACACUUCGCUUCCUCAAGCCGGAAGAGGCUAACUGCUUAAAGCAACGUUCAGUAGCGCACAACUGCCGGAUAUAAAGCUUGAAGCACUCAUCUAGAUAAAUAUGCAGUAAAUACCCCAUAACAUCAGGUAGCUUUAGGGUGCAUCGACCUUUUUCGUGCACAGAUACGUGAAAAAACUUUCGCUUGUAUGCUUAUAUAUAUAAAGCAAUGAAUAUAUCUCACAGGAUCCUUUUACUUGUUGUAGAAACCCGCGUCAUUACAAAGCUACUGCACGCUUUACGCUACUCGACAACAAUAAGUAGACUGAUUUAUACCAGAAAUGAAGACGCAAGCAAAGCCACGAAAACAAUUAUCUAGUUCGUACGUCUUACCGUCUAAAAACGCGACACAAAUGGCUUUUCGUAAACAGCUAUGGCUAUAUCAAUACGGUAACGUCAUGCCUCAGUGUUCAGACGCGUCAAGAGCAUUAUCCGGCCAACAAACGUCGGAAACU